CCUCCCGGUUAAAAGAUUUCCCCGCUUAUAAGGAAAUAAAAGCAGGUCACAAAAAAUUGCACAUAAGCAAUAUACAGAAAAAUCCCCGGUUAAUGUGUUCCCCGUUUAAAAGGUUUACCCGCUUAUAACAUUGAAAAUGUGCGAGCCCUUUAAAGAAAUACGUACAAAAAUCCCCGGAUAUAAAAAAGAAAAAUCUGGCUACACUUAUUUGAUUUUUUUCUUUUUUUGCGGUAUGGCAAUCUGUAAAAACAUAUGUUUGUUGAUUAAUGGCGGCAAAUGUAAAAUUUUUGGCAAAAGUGAUGGCUGGUAACAAAAGAAAGACGCUUUCCAUAAAGGAGAAACUUAAAGUUAUCGCUGAAAGUAAAACCAUAUCAAAACCUGAACUGUGUUCCAAAUAUGGGUGCUCUUCAAGUACACUAAAUAAAAUUUUAAGAAACGCAGGCGAAAUUGCUAACAAAUCGUCCACGCGCAAAUUGUCUGCAAAAAGAAUGAGGCAAGGUAAAGAAGCCCAGGUGGAGCAGGCGUUAAUGAUAUGGUUUAAUCAACUGAGAUCCUCUGGAGCAGUAAUCUCUUCAAACUUAAUGCUGGAAAAAGCCAAGCAGCUUGCAGUGAAGCUAAAAAAAGAUUUUACGCCAACGCAAGGAUGGCUCUGGCGAUUACAGAAGCGCAAUGGCAUUCAGUUAAGAAAUAUUCACGGCGAAGAACGCUCCACUGAUAAGGAAAAUGCAGAAAUAUUUCUGAGCACAACUCUUCCACAUAUUAUAGCGAACUAUGAUCAGGUGAAUAUUUUCAAUGCAGACGAAAGUGCCUUGUUCUUUAAAGCAUUGCCGCAAAAAACGCUUACACAUAAGGGACAAACAGUGAAAGGGUUCAAGACCUCUAAGGACCGGCUAACGCUUCUUUUUAUUUGCAAUGCCACGGGAGAAUUUAAGGAAGUCAUUGUCAUUGGAAAGUCAAAGAGUCCGCGAUGCUUUAAAAAUAAAGUUUUGCCAUUAAAGUAUUACUCUAACAAGAAAGCGUGGAUGACGCAGGAGAUUUGGGGUAAAGUUUUAAAUAAGUUGGAUACACAAAUGAGAGAACAGAAUCGAAAAAUUGUUCUGCUGGUUGACAAUGCGGCUUGUCAUAAGAUUUCUGACACUUUGACAAACAUUAACCUUCAGUUUUUGCCACCAAAUACAACUGCAAUAACUCAGCCUCUGGAUCAAGGAAUUAUCCACUGUUUUAAGGCGUACUAUAGGCAAAGUAUUAUUCGGAAACAGGUUGCUGCAAUUGAACGCGGACAAACAGUGGCUGAAUUUGAAAAAUCACUCAAUAUAUUUCAAGUUAUUCAUAUGAUUAAACAUAGCUUUUGGAUGGUGAAACCUGAAUCAAUUCAAAACUGUUUCAAAAAGGCAAAAUUUAUAACUACACCCACUGAUCAGCAAUUUGAAGAUACAAGUGCUGAAGUAGAAAAAAUCGUUAAGAGCCUGGCAGGUGCAAAUACACAAAGCUCAUUUGAAACAUAUAUUGUAUGUGAUGACGACAUUGUGUGCUAUGGCAAUUGGACUGAUGAGGAAAUUGUCAGUUCCAUUGUUGAUACAGAAGCAGAUCCACUGCAAAUUGAUAACGACGGGUCUGAAGAUGAAGAGGAGACUGAGGAAGUGUUAAAAACAGCGUCACUUGCAGAAGUUCUGCAUUGUAUUCACAGCCUCAGAGCCCACUUCCUGCCAAAAAAUAAAUACAUUGCUGAAAUAGAAAGCAUGGAAGGAGACAUUCUCCAUAAUGAGAUGUCUUUCCAAACUAAAAUAACAAAUUGGUUUUUUAAACGUAAUUUUUAAGACUUCUUUUUUCAAAAUAAUGUAAUUUUUUAAGACUUCGUUCUGUGCAAAAUUUUUUCAAGCAUGGUCGACAAAGAUCUCAUUUGCUCCUUACAUUUUUAUGUUUUGUUUUUUACAUGAAUAUUACUUUUGUUUUUU